CAGGGAAGGAUGAAACAGUACGUGGAUGCCCUGGGUCUUUGCAUGGUGGAUCCAAAUCCCCGGACGCUGACAAACGUUCCAGCCAAUGAGAGCGUUCCUACAGUCCGUUUCUGCAGGCAAGGGGCGGAGCUCCCUCCUGCCUUUCGGCUGGGCCCAGAAUGGGCGUGGCUCACGCGCCUGCCUGUUUACUGCCUGGGGCGUCCACCCGGCUCUGUGUUGCCCAGACAACCGUGGCUGGGUCGCCCCAGGCUCGGUUGGAGACGUUCGCUGCACUGAGGACCCUGUACCUGUCGGGAGAUCGUUCGCAGUGACUCAGUUCCCCAGGAAUACAUCGGAACAAGCCAUGGGCAGCAAGAAGAAGGAUAUUCCCCUGCAGGUCAGCAUCAGCACCCAAGAACUGUGGGAGGAGAUGCUCAGUGCUAAAGGACUCACUGUUGUCGACGUCUAUCAGGGCUGGUGUGGCCCCUGCAAGCCAGUGGUGAGCCUUUUCCAGAAGAUGAGGAUGGAGGUUGGCCUGGACCUUCUGCAUUUUGCAUUGGCAGAAGCAGAUUGUCUGGAUGUCCUGGAAAAAUACCGAGGAAGGUGUGAGCCAACCUUUCUGUUUUAUGCAGGAGGAGAACUAGUGGCGUUGGUUAGAGGAGCAAACGCCCCGUUGCUGCAGGAAACCAUCCUAGACCAGCUGGAGGCAGAAAAGAAGGUGUUGGCUGAAGGCCGAGAACGGAAAGUGAUUAGAGAUGAGGCUCUGACUGGGGAAGAUGGGUGCUGUUCCCAUGGAAAGGACGAUGGUGAAGAUGAGGAUGUGGAUUCUGAAAUUGAAAUUGAUGGUGGACCCUCUUGGUUCAGUAAAUCACCUACCUGAGGACGUUUGGGGAGAGAUGUGGAGCCUGGAGAAAUCUUCCAUCAGAAAACUUAGUCUUUGCUCAUUUCCAGUUAAACUUGUGGAACACCUACCACUUUGGGAGAACAUUGGGGAGGUGGUAAGAUUCCAUUUCCUCUUCUGAGGUGCCUCUUGGAUUUCACUUUGUCCCUUCCUUUGGAAUUAGACAGCAGUUGUGCUGAGACUUUGACCCAAACCCACAUUCUCCAGAUGCUGAGCAUUUUACCUGGACUGGCAGCAGGUAUAUCUGUUUGCCCAGAAUCUGUUGUUGAGAUGAUGGUCUGUACCUGAAACUGGAGAUUAAUGUCAGAGUCCUUCCCGCAGUCUGCAGGACCAGUGGGGGAAUAAAAGGGAAAUGUGUGGGGACUCCUUUCCCAGUAGCUAAAGGUAAGCCUUUCUGAGUGAAAUUCAAUUUGCAUUUGGAUAAUAUAUUAGGAAUUAUUAUUUAGCUUCUGUGAUCAUAUUAUUUUACUAUAUUAUUAAUUUGUAUACUUUGAAUAUUCCUCAUUAUAUACACAUAUAUUCAUAAUUUUAGUUUAAAAAUCUAUAAAAUUAGUUCAGCAUUAAAGUUAUUUUUUAUGUACAUGAAGGAUAUCAAAAUUAUGAAAAUAUUAAUGAGUAUACUACUUUUUGUAACUUUAUGUCACAGCAUAUCUGUUUGGCAUGGAAUUCUCAGCUUUGUAUUUUGGUCACCUUUGGCUCAUUAUUGUAGCUUUUACAGGUGCAGGGUGAUCCUGAAAUACAAAAAUAAAAUUGAGAAAUAAGCUUUCAUUGGUUAAUGCACAAUUUGUACUUAUGUGCCAUCUCACUGAGAAAAUCAGGUGAGAUGUUCCAUUUCUGACAUACGAUAUGGCAUUAAAACUAACUGGCUAAGGGAGACAUAGUCCCAUACAACUGGAAAUUUCAAUGUAUGCCUAUGGAACCAAAAUAUCUGUUUCCUG